AUUCCUCUGGCAUUUACUUCACCCUCCCCUCCUGAUCCAAUUGCUCUGAAUCUUUGUUUUUAUCCCUGCCAGUGAUCGCUCCUCAAAUAUGUCUCGCUUCGGAAAGGGCAGGAAGCUCCCCGGCUCCGAAUUCACCUGGGACGCUGAUCCAAACGGGGAACCUGACGGCGCGCCCACCCCUCUAUACCCUAAAUACACCGUCCCACGCGCCCGCCCGCUCUCCGCGCGCGAAACCCACCAAGUCAACCUCUACCGCGACCUGCGCGAACGCUUCCACGACGGUCCCUACUACUCCGUUCUCGACGCCGCCUCGUCCGCAGCCAAGAAGAACAGCGCCGCGCGCGCCUCCUUCGACCCCUUCCACGGCAUGCCGUCGUAUUCGGGCCGGUACCAGAAGAAGAAACGCGCGUUGCCGAGGAUGAGUGGGAGGGCUUAUGUGAUGAAAUUCUUCCCCCGGGAGCUGUGGCCGACUAUUCAGCCGAAUUUUAAAGGUGAUGCGGCGGCCGCGAUGGAUGGGUAUGUUCCGCAAACGGCCCGGUCUGGGGUAAAGCGGGGAUUUGAGGACGACGACGAAGAAGAGGACGAUGAUGCGGCGAAGAAGCAGAAGAACGGCGAGGAUGGGGAGGGCCCGGAGAAUGAUGAUCUCUUGGAAGGCGAGGACGAGGAGCAGGAGGAGGAGAUCAUUGAUGAUGAUUUCGAGGACGAUGAGGAUGAGAUGGGCGGCGAUUAUAAUGCCGAGCAGUACUUUGAUGGUGGGGAUGAUGAGUAUGGGGAUGAUGGGUUCGGGGAUGGAGGUGGUGGAGGCGAGGAGGAUACGUAUUAGAUAUGAUGAGAUGGCCUUUGGUGAUGUGCAUAUUUUUUGUGGAUUGGCACUUUUGAUUGAUACCCUUUUUUUGUUUCCUUUUUUCUGAUAUCUAGAUAUCCAAACACGG